AUCAUGGCGGCCGCCUCAGCAGGAUUUUGUGGCAUGAUAUAUAAUUGCAACAAUCAAAAACAUAUUUCUGUUCUUACUACAAAUAUAGUAUAUCUUAUUUUAAAAAGAAGAAUAAGCACAUGUAGCAAUCGCUGUCAAAGUAAACCCCAAACAAAAAAGAAGAGUGUCCCUCAAAGGAUGGUGGGAGUCGUUGGCCUGGAGAUCCAUGCUCAGAUCAACUCCUUAUCAAAGCUCUUCUCUGGUUCACAAGUCAAAUUCUUAGCCCCACCUAAUUCACUUGUAUCUUGCUUUGAUGCAUCUCUUCCGGGCACAUUACCAGUGCUGAACAAGAGAUGUGUGGAGGCUGCAGUGAUGACUGGUCUGGCUCUCAACUGCUCCAUCAACAGGAAAUCGCUAUUUGACAGGAAGCACUACUUUUAUGCCGACAUGCCUGCGGGCUACCAGAUUACCCAGCAAAGGUUGCCCAUUGCAGUGGACGGCACGCUGACCUACAGCUACCUGGGUGGCACCAAGAGAAACCAGAUGGUGACCAAGAGUGUCCGCAUCAAACAGAUCCAGCUGGAGCAGGACAGCGGCAAAAGCCUCCAUGAUGAGCCUCGCAACCAGACACUCAUCGACCUCAACAGGGCAGGUGUCGGUCUGAUGGAGCUAGUGAUGGAGCCUGAGAUGAGCUGUGGAGAGGAGGCAGCGGCAGCUGUUCGAGAGCUUCAGCUCAUCCUGCAGACACUGGGCACGUGCUGGGGCAACAUGGCAGAGGGUCAGCUGAGGGUGGACGCUAACGUGUCGGUGCAUGUGCCCGGGGAACCACUGGGCAUCAGGACAGAGGUGAAGAACAUCAACAGCGCCCGCUUCCUGGCCAGGGCCAUAGAUUAUGAGAUCCAGCGGCAGAUGGAGUUGCUAGAACAGGGUGGCAUUGUCCAGAACGAGACCAGAGCUUAUGACCAGAAAAGCGGCACAACUCUUCCCAUGAGAGACAAGGAGGACUUCCAGGACUACAGGUUCAUGCCAGAGCCCAACCUGCCCCCUCUGAGGGUGUAUGACAGUGCGAGUGUGCCGGCGGGGCUGGACCCGUCUCAGGUGGUGCUGGUGGACCAAUUGCAGGCCGGCCUGCCUGAGCUGCCCAGCGUACGCAGGGACAGGCUGGUGCAGACCUACGGCAUUCUGCCUGAGCACAGCUUCACACUGGUGAAUGAAGAUGGGCUGUUGGACUAUUUUGAGAGUGUAGUGAAGUCCACCAAAGCUGAGCCCAAAAAGGUGAUUGGUUGGGUGAUGAAAGAGCUGGUGGGGUCUCUGAACCAGCAGAAUCUCCAGGUCAGCCAGAGCCCAGUCUCUUCCCACGCUCUGGCUGAACUUUUGGAUUUACUGGAGGCUGGGUCCAUCUCCUCCUCAGCUGCUAAACAGGUCUUUCAGGAGCUGUGGAAGAGUCCAGGGAAGAGUGCAAAGCAGAUUGUCCAUGAGCAGGAUCUGGGCCUGCUGUCUGACACAGCCCAGCUCCGCUCCAUCUGCCAGAGGGUGGUGGACACCCACCCUGAACAGGUACGGGCCAUUCAGCGGGGAAACCAUAAGGUCCUGAACAAACUCAUGGGGGAGGUCCAAAAGGAGACCAAAGGGCGAGCCGACCCAGUGCAGGUGCGCUCCAUCCUCCAGGAGCUGAUCUCAUCCUGAGGGACAGGUCCAGUGUCACCAUCAGGACUGGACACCCGUCUGGGAGAAAACCCUGAUGAGUCCCCACAGGCUGCUCCGCCCUUUUAGAACUUCUGUGGCUUUGAUUGGUUGCAGUGAACUAACGAUUUAUAAACUGUGCUUGGUUUCAGCCAAGAUGUUCAAUAUCUGUGUAUUUGUUUUGAUUGUCUGUUCUGUAAGCUGCUGCUUAUUCAGUAAGAUGUUGCAUGCAUCAGCAAUCAUGUAAAUAAAUAUCUAUUGUUUUCUA